AUCAUUACUUAUAAAUUCACGAGCUUGAUGUUUUCUAACCAUCUGUAAACUUUGGGACAUAAAAAAAGUUGUCUGUAGCGAAAUGUCAAUAUUUGCUCGUUUUUUAUAUUGGAAUACAUUUUUUAUAGUAUUUUCGAGUAAUAAAUAAUUUAAUAGGUACGUGUCUGUAAUUAUUUUCUAAACCAUUGAAAAUCAUGGCAUCAACAACUUCUAGAACUAAUGAAGAAAGACGAAAAAGAGUAUAUGUUGGCGAUCUUCCUAAAGAUUUCUUACGUCUCGAUGUAAUUGCUUUAAAUGAGACUUCAGCUAAACAGCAACAAGAAGCUGCUGAUCAGCAAGCAGCUUUGGCUCUUCAACAGGCAUUAACUUCAGUACCAGGAGACCGUGAUCGUAAUCGACUAAACAUCACUGUUGUUCAAGCUAGACUUGCCAAAAACUAUGGUUUAACCCGAAUGGAUCCAUAUGUACGUCUAAGAGUAGGACACUGUGUAUAUGAAACACAAACAGACACAAAUGGUGGCAAAACUCCUAAAUGGAAUAAAACUGUUCAAACUCUUCUUCCAGAUGGUGUUAAUCAGAUUCAUGUAGAGAUAUUUGACGAGUGCUCAUUUAAAAUGGAUGAGUUAAUCGCUUGGACAACAGUACCAAUUCCUUUACAAAUAUUUAAAGGUGUUACAAUUGAACAGUGGUACAAUCUUACUGGUAAACAAGGACCUAAUCAAGAGGGUACUAUAGCUAUAAUUAUGAGCUAUGGGGUGCCACCGUCUUUAGGACUAGUUCCUCCAGUUAUGAUGAUGCCCCCUAUAUCUAAAUAUGGUGAUCCGAGUGCUGGUCUUACUCCAAUUUAUGUGCAACCCUCAGCACCUCAACCAUUACCAUUAAAUCCCGAAGACUUAAAACAAGUUCAAGAUAUGUUCCCAAAUAUGGAUAAAGAAACUGUGAAAACUGUUUUUGAAGCCAAUAACGGUAACAAAGAUCUAACCGUUAACUCGUUACUCCAAAUGGUUGAAUAAUUUUAUUUAUACUAUUAUUUAGUAUCGGAUAUUAAGAUUAGACUUUUCAAAAGUUUUAUUGUAUGUGUGCCAUUCAAUAUUACCAUUUAAAAAUAUUAUCAAAAAAUGUCUGAUUAAUUCACAGUUUCAUCUCUUAAAAGUAUACAUUAAUAAGUUGCUAAGUCAGGCUAAUUAAUUUACAUUAAUAGCUUUAAAUUAAUUUUUAUAUAACAGUUUAUUUUCAUAGUUUGUGUUAUCAAUUUUAUUACUCUUAUACCACCAGAACUAUACUUAGAGUAUUGGUUUUCUUCUAUUUAUAUAUAUUAACAUUAACUGGUUUAUUUUUUUAAUUAUUAAUCUAAAAUUAUAUGUAAGAUAAAUAAUAUUAUGGAACAUAUUGUUGGGUUUUUUUUUAUAUCAGUGAUUUUUAAAUAGUUGACUUUUAAAACAUUUAUACCUAAUUGAAGAGUGAAUUUGCCAAACAUUCCAAAUGUGAAAUCAUAAAAUAUAGUUUUAUUAAUUAUUUAAGUUGUACGUGGAAUGAAAACAAUCCAAUAUGUUUUCAAAGUACCAAAUUGUUAUUUCACCGUGAUAUAAUGUGGCAUAUAUUUUUAUACAAAGUCUUCAUUUAAGAUUAAUAAUAUAAUAUAAUUUUUUAUCUGUUAUUUAGUUUGUUUUAGACAAUGUUGCAUACAUUUAAGAAGUUCACUCUUUAAUUAUGCUAACUUUUAUUACAGUAAUUAUUUAGUUUACCAAUUAGAUAAUAUAGUUUUAGGUGUAUUUAUUUAUUCAAUAAAA